AUGUCUAAAACGACAUUUGCGUCCAUAUUAUUUCUUUGUGUGUUCUCUGUUGGAGCUCAAAGCUCUCUGCAAACUGUUGAUGGGAAAAUACAUAUCCACGUCGGUUUGACUUCAGGAUGCAUGGACGCCAGAGGAUUUAUGUCUCAAAUUCGAAAAACUUAUGACUUGUAUAAGGAUAAUAUUGAAAUACAAUUCGUACCGUGGGCGAGAACGAGAAGAGAUGAAAAUGGAAAUCUUAUCUGCCAAUUUGGGGAGCCUGAUUGCUUUGCAAACCGUGUUUUUAGAUGCGCCUUGAAUUUGUUAAAGGGAAAACCAGAUGCGCAAGUUGACUACAUGGCCUGUGAAAUGUCUCCACCAUACCCCUCAUUCUCAGAGCAGAGCCUCCGUUGUGCUAAGAGUGUUGGUCUGGAUCUAGAUGAAGUGAAUAAUUGUUUGGCAGUGAAUGCUGAUGAACUAGAAGCUCAGGCAGAAGAACUCGCAGCUAAACCGAUGGCUGCUAUAAAUUUUGUACCUUACAUCGUUUUCAACAAUGUGAUUGAUCGCGAUAUGAGUUUUCGAGCUUUCUUUAACCUUGAAAACCUUGUUUGUGAUGCAUUAAAAGAUGACCCUUCUACCGGUGUUAAAAAUUGCAGCGUAUAG